AUGGUCUAUACCCUCGAUCUACCUGGUCGCCGGCGCAAGUCUAGGCUCAACGGCCUGCCUCUGGCCUCCGCCAUGAGUUCCGAGUGGCGAAGCUCCGAGUAUCAGGGAGACUACGACGACUAUGCGAAGGAGAUCGAGGAUAGUCAGAAACGUGCCCCAUGGGAGAGCAAUGGGAACAGAAUUGGUCUGACCUUGGCAGAUUGCUCCGAGCUGUCGUUGCCUACUGGUAUGGCUUGUUCUGAAUUGCUCAAUGUGCCCGCCGAUCAAGUACAUGAUAGCUCCACAGGUGUAUCAUUUGUUACCUUCGUGAAGUUCCAGGAGAUGAUGCACAUUCGCACUAUGAAACCCAUGGCUUUCAUAUUGAAGGGCUUCGUCAAGCAGAAGGUGCUGGCGAUAGGAACCGAGGAGCCUAGGAUCUCUCAGUUGGUACUCACGCUGCGGGACGGUGUGUGUAACAGUGACGAGAGUAGAGCCGUUACAGUGGUGAAUGCUGCGUCUGACGAAACGGAUUUCCUGUGCAAGACGCAUGAUGACAGUGCCUUAGAGCUGAGUGAUGAAAGCAAGCUUACGGUGUACUUUGAGCUUCGUGAGUGCGAUGCAUCAAAAGCUGAUUGGAAAUCGUAUGGCAGUGUUGCAGCGUUCACUUUGUAUGUGGAGGCGCUUGUAAAAGCCGCGGGCAUCAGAGAGAAGACGGUCUUGAACAGGGUAGUGGAGAAGUCAGGCUACUUCAUGCGCAGAGCAAUGAUCCCACCCUCAUCCAGAGACAUGCUUUACUGCAAGUCCGGUCAGAACUCCGUACAAGUUAGAGCUGCGAGGCGGCCGUUUGAUCCGCCAGAGCCCGGGUUAGAGGUUCUGAGGGUUGACAAUGGGGGUGAUGACCUUUCGUCUGUUGUGAAGUAUGGUGAAAAUGUGGCUGGAUUCCUCGGGGUAUUUUCCACGCAAGGGGCCUACUAUGUCCGAGUUGCGGAUGCUCACAUCAAGGAUGCGCGCAGUCACUGGUAUGUGGGGGACACCCGCUUCGACGACGGAAACAUUGGAAUGAAAGCUGCGAAACACUUCAGGAUCUCUGGUUUCCCUUCAGGUGUUAACUUUCCCGACAUCCUCAAGGUGACCCGAGCUUUUGGAUGGAACGUGAUCCCAGUUCGAGUGUUUCAUGUGAAUGAACUCGCAGUGGCUAUUGUGGCAAGUGACGUUGAGCCCGGCGUUUCCAAAGUCCCAACCAGUUUGGGAAAUUUGCUCAUAUCAGAUGAGGCACGCAAGCCACGCAAGGCUUUUGUGUCCCGGUCAGGUGAAAACAGUCAGUGGGCAAGUGGGCCUAACAAAGUUGAUGGCAACGUGAGUUCCUCUUCACAAAGUUCGCAUCCGACUACCGCGGAGUCACGAGGAUCUUCAGUGCCCACUCCCAGACCAUCAUUACUAGCAGUUCCGUACACCGGUUUGGCUAACCGUGUUCAGGAGCUGGAACAACAAAUGAUGAAAGUUAAUAGCCAAAUUGGGACCCUCGAGGCCAAUCAAAAAGAAACCAACUCCCAGAUCAAGUCUCUUCAAGCCUCUCAGGAUGAUGGCUUCAAGAAUUUGUUGGUUGCAAUCCAAGAGCUCAGAAGUAGUUCUGCCGCGGCAAGUUCUCCCAGUAAGCCCAAUUCGCCACCAAGCAAGGUGCAAAAGAAGUAG